AUGGCGUCUAAGGCGGGACACGUUAAAACGUGUGAAAACUGCGCUCGUGGGAAAAUCCGAUGCAUCCGAGCUCCCGAGUCCCCCAUUUGCGAUCGAAGAGUGGAGGCCCUUGAAGCGAAAGUCGAUGAGCUUCUGGCACGAGUUGGCAAUCAGCCACACGUCACACCGCAGCGGGAGGUUUCUGACCUCCCCUCUGCUGAGCUGGAUCCUCAUUCCAACCAGGAUAAACCCCAAGAUGUGAUAGAUCGCGGGGUUGUGAGCUACGGUGAUGCCGUGAAGAUACUUGACUCUUUUCGUGAUACAUUGAUGCCAUAUUUUCCAUUCGUCCUCAUUCCACCGGAAACAACGCUUGAUCAGCUUCGAGCGGAAAAGCCGUUCCUGUUGCUGGCUGUCCUCAAGGUCUGCACAUACAAGAAUGAACCGGUCCAGAAGGUUUUGGAAGAGACCUUUCAGUCGGCUGUUGCGGAUCGAAUGAUCUUCUCCCAUAGUCCAUCCAUGGACGUCUUACAGGGCCUGCUUGUAGCUUUAGCAUGGAUACAUCACCAAGCUCAGCACUUGAGAUUCUCCAGCUAUCUUCAUCUUGCCUGGAGUGUUGCUGGCGACUUGCGCCUUGACCGGGUCUCUGAGACCCAGUCGUUCUAUUCCCGAAUGGACUUGAGCAAGAUAUCACCCGAUCAUGACAGCAGCAAACAGUCCAAGAAUGAGGGAAGACGGGCCUUGGUUGGUUGCUACAUGCUAUCCUCAUGUCGAUCGACGUUGUUCCAAAAGGAUCGCAUGAUGACUCGACUUUCAUACGUCGAAAAAUCAGCCUUUGAACUACUAGCAAAUGCUGAAACUGCCAGCGACCGGUGUCUGAUACACUUGGUAAAGCUGCAACAAAUAUUUGAGCGAAUUGACGACGCCGUGGUAACUUCCGCAAGUCCAGUACUAGAGGCCGACAUGAAUGGGUUUCAAUCUGAGAUCAACGAAUAUAAGACAACACUACCCGCGACUUUCUCGGAAAAUUCCCUCCUUCAAUUCAAUUUGCACACAUUACAGCUCUUCCUAUGCCAGGCCUGCUUGUUUGAUAAGCAUGACACAGCGAGUCUAGCCGCUUCAGCAAUGCCCCGCUCGAACGCCGAUGCUGGACUUCCACCACACCUGCGAAGCGGUGGCCAGUCACUGGACUUAACGCCCUUUCAAGUUGAGCUCCUCACCCGCGGGCUAACUGGGGCCAAGAAAUUCUUUGACUAUUUUUUCAAAUAUUCCCCCGAAACUUAUGGCACAAUCAGUCACACCCAAUGGCUGCAGACAGGGUUCAACUUGGUUUUGAGCUGCAAACUUGCCGUGACUGGCGCAAAGUAUGCACCGCGAAGUCCACAUGUUGGGGCCUUGUGCUCGGCUUUGGAUAUGCCGCAGAUUCUUCGAGGCACAUCAUUGCGGCUACAGUGGCUCAGCAAAGACAGAGUAAAAUCCGACGAGAAGAGCCAGUUCAAACACUUCUACGAGCUUUGGGUUGCGCGUAUCCUUGAAUGGUUUGAGCAAAAAUACCACUUGACUCACUCUGAGGACAAGGCUCCACCACCUGCAGAAGUUGCCUAUGGCGAGGCAAGCUCAUCUGGGCUCAGGUAUUCUUCAUCUUUGCAGGAUACAACCCUCAUGGGUGGAAGCUAUGGUGUCGUGCAAGGAAAUCAAAGCGAUAUGCCUGGCUCGUGGCCAGACUUUCUCUGGGAUAUAAGCACGGAAGAUAUACUGGGUGGCUACAUGGGACUUCUGGACAUGCCUGAAUCCACGCUACAACACGGUUAUGAGAUGCAACUCCCAUGA